UUUUUUUUCUUUUUUCUUUUUUCUUUUUAUUGAAAAAGUGAAGAAUGUGGAAUAAAGGAGUAAGAAAAGGGUGUAGGGGAUGACAUGUUGAAUUCUGAUGUUGUUGCAUCACAACCUUAAUUUAAAAGAAACUGCAUGUGAAUCUGUGUCUACUUUUGCCACUAUAUGAUGGGGUUAUGAACAUGGUAAAGACUUUACAAGUACUGCCAUGGUGGAUCUUGAUCAGGAGGAAGCUUCACAGCCCACCAACUCUAAUAUGUCCUCCAAGAAGGAGCGCCUUUCCACUGCCAUGAAGAGGACCAGUGACUGGAUUUUCUCCCAAGAAAUCCCAAGUGAUGUUACCAUUCAUGCUGGUGGAGCUUCAUUUUCAUUGCACAAGUUUCCAUUAGUCUCGAAAUGUGGAUACAUAAGAAAAGUGGUAUCGGAAUCUAGUGAUGCUGAUCUUGCUGAGAUUGAAAUCCCUGAUGCUCCUGGUGGGGCAGAAGGAUUUGAACUCGCAGCAAAGUUCUGUUAUGGGAUAAAUUUCGAGAUAGGUACAGAAAACAUUGCAAUGCUCCGGUGUGUGGCCGAGUAUCUUGAGAUGACAGAGGACUAUGCAGUUGGAAACCUAGUGGGAAGAACUGAGGCCUACUUGAAUGAAGUUGCACUUAAAAGCCUUGCAGGGGCAGUUGCCAUCUUGCAUAUAUCCGAAGGCCUCCUUCCAAUGGCGGAGAGAGUUAAAUUGGUGAGCCGAUGCAUAGACACUAUCGCAUACAUAACCUGCAAGGAUAGUGAAUUUUGCAUGUCAAGUAGGGGAGAAAGUGUCACUGAGGUUGUUAGUGCUUCCAUGAAACCAAUUGUAGACUGGUGGGCUGAAGAUUUGACUGUUCUUCGAAUUGAUAUCUUCCAACGCGUACUAAUUGCAAUGAUGGCGAGGGGGUUUAAACAAUAUGCUCUCGGUCCAAUACUUAUGCUCUAUGCACAGAAAUCCCUUCGAGGUUUGGAAAUAUUUGGGAAGGGGAGGAAGAAGAUAGAACUGAGACAAGAGCAUGAGAAGAGGGUUGUUUUGGAGACUAUAGUUAGUCUUCUGCCAAGGGAGAAGAAUGCCAUGUCGGUUAGCUUUCUCUCAAUGCUGCUUCGAGCUGCAAUAUAUAUUGAGACAACGGUUGCUUGCAGGCUCGACUUGGAGAAGAGGAUGGGACUGCAACUUGGACAGGCUGUGUUGGAUGACUUACUGAUUCCUUCGUAUUCCUAUACCGGGGACACAUUGUUUGAUGUGGACACCGUGCAUCGGAUCAUGAUGAACUAUGUUGAAUAUGAUAUGGAGGGGACUCGUAUGGAAUACAAUGCUGACGAAGAGUAUAUUUCUACUCCUCUGAGUGACAUGGAGAGGGUUGCGAAGCUAAUGGAAAACUACCUUGCUGAAAUAGCCUCUGACCGCAACUUGUCUGUUUCAAAGUUCAUUAGUCUUGCUGAAAUUAUUCCAGAACAAUCAAGGAUUACAGAGGAUGGGAUGUAUAGAGCCAUUGAUAUUUUCUUGAAGGCUCAUCCUGCAUUAAGUGACCUGGAAAGGAAGAAGGUGUGCAGUGUGAUGGACUGCCAAAAGCUCUCUCGGGAGGCCUGUGCUCAUGCUGCUCAGAAUGACCGGCUUCCUGUUCAAACCGUGGUCCAAGUGCUCUACUACGAGCAACAAAGACUUCGAGAGACCAUGAAUGGCAGCCUCAUGGACAGAGAACCUCCUCCUGCUCUUCCCCCAAAGGUGAAUGUAUACUCCACCGACGUCCUACCAGUUUCAGAUGAGGUCUCGAGCUUAAAGAGAGAAAAUCAGGACCUCAAGCUAGAGCUAGUGAAAAUGAAGAUAAAAUUGAAAGAAGUUGAGAAAUCAACAGAUGUGUCAGCUGUAAGCACUCCACUGAGAAGAAACUCAUUUGCUGACAAACCUCCUUUGCCUCGGAAAUCAUUUAUGAGCUCAGUGUCCAAAAAACUAGGCCGGCUUUAUCCUUUCGUGCGUGAUGGAGCCACGCCUAAUGGCAGAGGUCGAACCAAACCAAGCAGAGAUCGACGGCAUUCCAUAUCUUGAGGCAUUGGUUUGUCUCUGAGCCCUGUUUGUACUUUGUGAAGAGUAUAUAUAGUGUCUUUGUUGAAUUGUUCCCAAGGCUUGAGAAAAGAACUACUAGCUUGUGUAUGUUUUGGUCUUCUAGUUCUGAUCUUCUUCAAUGUGACAUUGCUGUAAAUUGUAUUGUCAUAAUCUUUUCAUUUAAAUCUUGUUCAAGGACUGGUCAAUGGUGAAAAAGUGAUUAAAUAUAGUAACAUUUGGUGUCUUCUCCUAA